AUGCAGCCCAUCAUCCUCUACUCUCACCCUUACGGCCCAAACCCCUGGAAGGUAGCCAUUAUCCUCGAAGAGCUAAACCUUCCAUAUGAAACUCGUUUCGUCAGCUUUCAAGACGUCAAGAAGGAACCUUUCAUCAAACUAAACCCAAACGGCCGUCUGCCCGCCAUCGAAGACCCCAGCAAAAACAUAACCCUCUGGGAAUCCGGCGCGAUAGUGGAAUACCUUCUCGAUAACUACGAUACUGAACACAAGCUCAACUACACCGACUUCUCGGCCAAGUACGAAACCAAGGCAUGGCUGCAUUUCCAAAUGUCAGGCCAAGGCCCGUACUACGGACAGGCUGGCUGGUUCAACCGCGCCCAUCCAGAACGUCUUCCUAGUGUCAUCGAGCGGUACGGAAAUGAGAUCCGUCGGGUAACUGGUGUCCUGGACUCUGUUUUGAAGAAUAGGGAUUGGCUGGCUAGGGAUAAGUGCACUUAUGCCGAUCUAUGCUUCAUGCCUUGGCAACGCUGGGCGUCGAAGUAUGCGACGGAUGCGGAGAACUUGGAUAGGGAUUUCCCUCAUGCGGCGGCGUGGUUUAAGAAGUUGAGUGAGAGGCCUUCUGUUAAGAAGGUUUUCGCGGAUCAGGACCGGGCGAUUGAAGAGUCGACGGGUUUGUAA